AUGGAUAAAAAUUCUCCAAAUAAAGAUGAAUCUUCAUCUUCUUUAUUAAUGGAAUUAUUAAAAAGAUAUACAACCCGAGUCGAUGAACGUGAAACAUUACGACAAGAAGAUACACGUGUUUAUGCACAACAACAAAAAACUCAAAUUGAUGAAAUUGAAAAAUUAAAAGAAACUGUAAAUAAAUUACAAUCUAAAACAGGUUCAAGUUAUGUUCCUGAUCAAUCAAAAACGAAUCUCAAUGAAGAAAAAACGAAUAUAAAUUAUAAAAAAAAAUGGGAAGAAGCAGAAGCAAAAUAUCGUAACUUAGAAAAAAAAUAUCGUCAACUAGAAACAAGUACUGUUAAACAAUUACAAGAUAAAAUUAAUCAACUUCAACGAGAUAAUAAUCAAUUCAAAUUAAUCAAAGAACGUAUUGCUGACAUAUGUUCAUGUCGUCAAUUAACUAAUAUGCAACUUGAACAAUUAAAAUUACUUGUUAAUAGUAAUAAUUUAUCGAUUGAAACAAUUGCAAAUAAAAAUGAUUUUCAUCAACAAACAAUAAAAUUACGUGAUAUUUUAGUAGAACAUAAUAAUGAACUUUUAACUAAAAUUGAAGAAACACUGAAAAGAAAAAGAAAAAGAAAUCAAUAUGAAAAUGAGUCUGAUGAUGACGAUAAUAAUCAUUAA